UACCCAGAGGGCCCUGCGCCGCCUUUCUCCGCUGCCAACGGCGCUGCUCCCUGCUCCUCCUUCCCGGCCAUGGCGUUCACGUUCGCGGCCUUCUGCUACAUGCUGGCGCUGCUGCUCACCGCAGCGCUUAUCUUUUUCGCCAUCUGGCACAUUAUAGCAUUUGAUGAACUGAAGACUGAUUACAAGAAUCCUAUAGACCAGUGUAAUACCCUGAAUCCUCUUGUACUUCCAGAGUACCUCAUCCAUGCUUUCUUCUGUGUCAUGUUUCUUUGUGCAGCAGAGUGGCUUACACUGGGUCUCAAUAUGCCCCUCUUGGCAUAUCAUAUUUGGAGGUAUAUGAGUAGACCAGUGAUGAGCGGACCAGGACUCUAUGACCCCACAACCAUCAUGAAUGCAGAUAUUCUGGCAUAUUGUCAGAAAGAAGGAUGGUGCAAAUUAGCUUUUUACCUCCUAGCAUUUUUUUACUACCUAUAUGGCAUGAUCUAUGUUUUGGUGAGCUCUUAGAACGACACACAGAAGAACUGGUCCAGUUAAGUGCAUGCAAAAGCCACCAAAUGAAGGGAUUCUAUCCAGCAAGGUCCUGUUUCCAAGAGUAGCCUAUGGAAUCUGAUCAGUUACUUUAAAAAAUGACUCCUUAUUUUUUAAAUGUUUCCACAUUUUUUGCUUGUGGAAAGACUGUUUUCAUAUGUUAUACUCGGAUAAAGAAUCUAAAUGGAAUUACGUAUAAAUUAACAUAAAAUGAUUACCUCUGGUGUUGACAGGUUUGAACUUGCACUCCUUAAGGAACAGCCAUAACCCUCUGAAUGAUUGCAUUAAUUACUGACUGUCCUCAGUCCAUUGGAGGCUUUUGUGUAUAGGAAAUUGUAGGGCUCAUUUUGGUUUUAUUGAAAUGCCAUCUAAUUAUAAAUUAGCUGUAGAUAGCAAGUGCUUUUGAUGAACUGAAAAAUGUGUGUCUGACCAGUGGGAAACUUAAUGGGUUUCCUUGUCUAUCAUGUAGAUGAUUAUAUAUGGAUACCUUUACAAAAUAAGAAUGGGAUUUUUUUCUUCUUUGACUUGAAUAUUGUCCCUGUGUAUUGCAUGAAUGAGAGAUUUCCCAUAUUUCCAUCAGAGUAAUAUACUUGCUUUAAUUCUUAAGCAUAAGUGAACAUGAUAUGAAAAUAUAUACUAAUUGUGAAGGAUGCAUUUAAAGCUAUUUUAAAUGUUUUUUGUAAGACAUUGUGUAUUAAGAAAUUGGUUAUUAUACUGUUCUAAUCUGGUGGCAAAAGUAUUCUUAAGAAUUUGCAAGUACCUUAGAUUUUCAGAACUGAAGGAGAGAACAUUGUAUAACCAUCCUGCUGUUCCUUAGUGCAGUACAAUAAAACUCUGAAAUGAA